CCCCUGGCCAGCCGAGCCCGCGAUGCAGCGGGGGAUGAUCCGGCCCCCAUGAGCAGCAGCAGCAGCAGCAGCAGCAGCCCGGCCAACGGGACCCUCCGCACCCCCGCGGCGGCCGGCCGGGCCCUGCCCACCACCAUCACCUCCUCCAUCACCUCCACCACCACCUCCACCACCACCAUCCAGCUGCCGGCCAACUUCCACAUCCCCCCAGGAACGGUUCUGAUCCGAAGUAACAAUGGUCAGCUGAUGCUAGUGACCCAGCAAGCUCUGACGCGCGCCGAGACCCCAAGCCCCCUGAAUGGACGACUGGCGGCCACGACGGGCACGGCCCCGGUCAGACUCUGUGCUGUACAGAACUCUGGCACUCAGUUAAUCAAGAAAGUGGCAGCACCCAUCAGGACGGUAACUCCUUUGGGAAGCGCCGAGACACCAGCUGUUCAGAAACCUUCUGCCGUUCAACCCGUGGCCACCCCCAAGAGCGUUGUGUCGGUUACCCCGGUCACCCCGCUGAGUACUGUGGCUCCGUUGAAAUCUUCUGCUCCUGGAGUGACCCCCGUCCCCUCAGCUCUGCCUGCCGCCAACGCCCUCAAAGCUGACAUUCCCGGAGCAGCCCCGACCGACUUCUCCACGGAGAUGUUGGAGAACGUGAAGAAGUGCAAGAACUUCCUCGCCAUGUUAAUCAAACUGGCCUGCAGUGGCGUCCAGUCACCAGAAAUGGGUCAGAAUGUGAAGAAUCUGGUCCAGAAUCUGUUGGAAGCAAAAAUUGAGCCAGAGGAAUUCACCAAAGAACUGUAUAUUGAACUCAAGUCAUCUCCUCAACCUCACCUGGCCCCUUUCCUGAAGAAAAGUAUGAUGGCCCUCCGCCAGCUAAUGCCCAACUGUGAGAGUUUUAUUCAGCAGUGUGCCCAGCAGCCCACGCAUUUAGCCGUCUCCACGGGUGCCCAGACCAUGGUCUCGCCCGCUCCUCCGGUGACUCCACGGCAGUCUGAAAAGACGGCAGUCGUCUCUGGAGUCGAUCCUCGUGGACCCGCCUCCCUCCAGGCUGCAAGACCAGGGGCGGCUUCUCAAGGAACAGUUGCUGUGCCCGCCUCUCUUCAGCCUGUGAGGCCAGGGGUGACCACGGUAAUGGCCCCGUCUCUUCAGCCCGGGAAGCCAGCAGUCUCCUCUGGAGCUGUGCCGUCCACCACUGGGUCGCUCCAGCCUGUGAGAACGGCGAUGGUUUCUGGGACAGCCACUCCUCCCGUGACCGUGUCCCUUCAGCCCCUGAAACCCGUGGCGGCUCCUGGGUCAGUCACUCCUGCUACCUUGGCCCUCCAGCCGGUUAGACCCAUCGGGGCGUCGGGGAUGGCAACUCCCAUGACUCUGUCCCUUCAGACCCUGAGACCUGUGGUGGCUUCUGGCACGGGUCCUUCUCCCGUGACCGUGUCCGUCCCACCAGUGAAACCCGUGGUGGCUUCUGGAACGGCCACGCCCUCAGUGACCAUCUCCCUCCCGCCGGUGAAACCCGUGGUAGCUUCUGGGAUGGCCACACCCCCAGUGACCAUCUCCCUCCCCCCGGUGAAACCCAUGGUGGCUUCUGGGAUGGCCACGGCCCCAGCGAACAUGUCCCUCCAGCCCGCAAAGCCCUUGGUGGCCUCUGGAACGGCAUCUUCUCCCGGGACUGCGUCCGUUCCGCCGGUGAAAUCCAUGGUGGCUUCUGGGACGGCCAUCCCCCCAGUGACCGUGUCCCUCCAGCCUGUAAAACCCAUGGUGGCUUCUGGGACGGCCACUCCCCCAAUGACCGUGUCCGUCCAGUCUGUGAAACCUGUGGCAGCUUCUGGGAUGACUGCUUCUCCAAUGAUCGUGCCCCUCCAGCCCAUGAAACCUGUGGUGGCUUCCGGGAUGGCUCCUCCUCCUCCUUCAACUGUGUCUCUCCAACCCGUGAGGCCCUUGGUGGCUUCCGGGAUGGCCGCUCCUCCUCUCACGACUGUGUCCCUCCAGACGGUGAGACCCGUGGUGACUUCGGGGACAGCCGCUUCUCCGGCGACCCUGUCCCUCCAGCCAUUGAAGCCUGCGAUAGCUCCCGGGACGGCUGCUCCUCCCACGACCGUGUCGCUCCAACCCGUGAGACCCGCGGUGGCUCCCGGGACGGCAGUUCCUCCCACGACCGUGUCCCUCCAGCCCGUGAAGCUAGGUGCCACCCCUCAAGUGGCCACCACGGACCCUUCGAAGCCCGUCCUGGGGGCCCCGAUUCGCAUUAGACUUGCACAACCCAAUUGCCUGCUUGCACAGCCAGCCGCUACUCCACAGACUGUCAAAGUGAAACAACUCGUGGUCCACCCACCUGCAGCGGGCCCUGUGAAACCAGUGGCCACAGCACCAAAUUCCUCAGUGUUGACCGUUCAGAAGUCGGGACAAAAGAGGGUGCCUCUGAACACCCUAAUCCAGACCAAUCAAUUUCCUGCAGCUUCCAUUCUCAAGCAAAUUACCCUUCCAGGAAACAAAAUCCUGUCACUUCAUGCAUCUCCUAUGCCGAAAAAUAAAAUAAAAGAGAAUGGAACAGCGUCCUUCAGCUACGAAGAUGACAUCAACGACGUGACUUCCAUGGCCGGGGUCAACCUUAGCGAAGAAAACGCCUGCAUCUUAGCAACCAAUGCCAAGCUGGUUGGCACGCUGGUUCGAUCGUGCAAAGAAGAGCCUUUCCUCUUGCCCGCCAUCUUACAGAAGAGAAUUUUGGACACGGGUAGAAGGCAUGACAUUACGGAACUUAGCUCCGAAGUGGUGAACUUGAUCUCCCUAGCGACCCAGGAGCGAUUGCGAAGUCUUCUAGAAAAACUGACUGUAAUAGCCCAGCAUCGCAUGACAAGUUACAAGGAGAGCGAGAAGUACACCUUGGCUAAUGAUACCAGGUCACAGCUCCGCUUCCUGGAGAAGUUGGAUCACCUAGAGAAGCAACGGAAGGAUGAAGAAGAACGAGAGAUGCUCUUCAGAGCCGCCAAGAGCCGUUCCAAUAAAGAAGACCCAGAGCAGCUGCGAUUAAAGCAGAAGGCCAAAGAGUUUCAGCAGAUGGCUCUGGCGCAAAUGCAACAAAGAGACGCGAACAUCACAGCUCUGGCGGCCAUCGGACCCAGAAAGAAAAGACCGCUCAGCUCAAGCAUCGGACCUGGGAGCGAGUGCUCAAAUGGCACCAUGCUCAGCUCCGGGCUGUCCGGCGGGACGGUUGUCAAACAUUUGCAUCGUCCGAGAGUGACACGAGUCUGUCUCAGGGACCUGAUCUUCUGCAUGGAGCAAGAGAAGGAGACCAAGCACUCCUUAGCCUUGUACCAAGCUUUACUGAAGUGAGCCUGGACCCCCACCGUCAUCCCCAGCCCCACUCGGGCUGGCCCCUUCCAAAGACUCGGCCGACCCCAGGAGCCUGGCCGCCCUGCUCUGCCCUGAAGUGGCCAGGUGUGGGGUAGCCGGGCCCCUAGAAAGAUCCUUCGGCUACUCAGACCGGGGUGCGUAUUAGAUGGCGGACUCGGCACGUUUUGGAUGUCGGAGCCCGAGAUCGCGUCAUCGAGGCUUCCUGUCGGUGAGGAAGUGGCGUGCCCCCUCGGUCUCCCUGUCUGGGGGACUUCCCUCGGGCCGAUCACCAAGCUUUAGGUUACCGCCUGCUUCGCGCUUCCCAAACCGCCUUCGCCCGGGGCGUGCGUGGCACCUUCCUCCAGUUCAGCUUUCGAGGGGAGUGCUUAGCGUACCAGAUGUCUUUAACCCCCAGAUCGCCCAGAAUCGAUCUUUCAGUGCUGAGCCCAGCCCGGGAACUGCAUCACAGGUUGGGUUGAGGGGAGGGGCUCUCGGGGGGGCAGUCGAAACAGGCGAGCGAGGUUCCCUUUGGAGCCACUCGCCCCUCCCGAGUCCUUCCACGACCGACAAGGCCUGAGGAGUCAACCUCGGUCCCGGUAGCCGGGACGUGGGAGCCGUGAAGGUUCCUCAUGGCGUGAGGCGCGGCACGCUGGGAGAGAUGGUGCCAUAGAGCCGGACCGACAGAGAAGAGGAGGAUGGAAUAACAGCGGCGUGGGAAACUGCCGGAGUGGAGCACGGGGAAUCCAGAGCGGCCUGCAUGUUUUGCGCCCAGGAUAGGGUGGGUUAAAAUUCAUCCGCCAGAUGAAAAAUGUGCCUGGAAAGACGGCACCCUUCUGAGGAGGAAAUGGGCCUGCAGGAUGAAUAGUUUCCUCUUCGGGCCGCGCCUUGACGCUUCCCUCAGCAGCUGCCUGGAAUCAGCAUCGGUGAUGGGGCACUCUGGGGCGGUCAGAGCCACUUGAUUAUUUUUUUUUUUUUUUAUUUUUCCCCUCCGCGGACUACAACCCAGAAACACGGUUUCGACGUCUCUGGGCCUCUGCGGUGGGUUUGAAGCCUCCUUGUCCAGCAGAUGAGGGUAGCUGCAGCCAAAGUCCUCUCCUCUCCUGUCCCCGCAACUCCCCCAACCUUUUUCCAACCAAACCCUCAAUCCACUGGACCCCCGUGGCAUGAGGCUACUGGCCCCUCUGCCAGGGAAAGCAAUAGCAGGGAAGGCCUGGAAUUACCCCUUAUGUGGAGAAUGGGCUUCCCCAAAAGCUUGAAGAGGAGGGGAGCACUCGUUAGCUCAAGGAGCCUAUUUUUAUAUAUGAUGCAAAAAGCUUACUCUUAACCCAAUCCUCCCCGACUGGAACAUGCAGCCGUAGACCGCGGCAAUCUUCCGAUCAGUCCCUUUUUUUGGUUUUCUUUUGUUUCAGAAAUUAUUAGAUAAAGAAGCCAAUACCGGCAUGCUGUAUGAGACUGAAAUGAAUGUGUAGAAAAGGGUCGAGUUGGACUGGGGCCUGUGUUGGCAGGAUUCCGACACCACCCAAGCAAAGUUAUUUUCUAUAUCGAAAUGCUUACCUUUUACUUUAUUCGUAAAAGUACGGCAUUUUUUUCCAUAUUUGUGUACCAUGUCUUAUUGACCAGAUGUUUAAAAUUAUUUUAAAUAUGUCAUUAAAGGAAUUAUUUUAUUAGAAACGA